GGCGGGCCCCCCGUGGGGGCGGGGCCUGGGGGCGGGGCGAGGCCGGGGGAGGUGCUGGAGGCGGAAGCUGCCGGCAGUCUGCGCCCAGCGCGGCUCUGCUACCUACCGCUGAGUUCCUCCUGAGGGCCGGUGACCUCCGGGCCUGGGAAGCCAAGCGAGGUCAGUCCUGAGCGGGAGAUCAACUUUCAGAAGAGAGCCGCCCCAGCAAGACUCGGGGAUUCCUUCAGCUCCUCACCUCCAUGGGCCAGACGGCCCUGGCAGGGGGCAGCAGCAGCACCCCCACCCCACAGACCCUGUACCCUGACCUCUCUUGUCCCGAGGGCUUGGAGGAGCUGCUGUCCGCUCCCCGUCCUGAUCUGGGAGCCCAACAGCGCCACGGCUGGAACCCCAAGGACUGCUCAGAGAACAUCGAGGUCAAGGAAGGAGGGUUAUGCUUUGAGCGGCGGCCCGUGGCCCAGAGCACUGAUGGGGCCCGGGGUAAGAAGGGCUACUCGAGGGGCCUGCACGCCUGGGAGAUCAGCUGGCCCCGGGAACAGAGGGGUACCCACGCCGUGGUGGGCGUGGCCACGGCCCUCGCCCCGCUGCAGGCUGACCACUAUGCGGCGCUGCUGGGCAGCAACAGCGAGUCGUGGGGCUGGGACAUUGGGCGGGGGAAGUUGUACCAUCAGAGCAAGGGGCCCGGGGCCCCCCAGUACCCAGCCAGACCUCACGGUGAGCAGCUGGAGGUGCCGGAGAGGCUGCUGGUGGUUCUGGACAUGGAGGAGGGAACUCUGGGCUACGCUAUUGGGGGAACCUACCUGGGGCCAGCCUUCCGCGGACUGAAGGGCAGGACCCUGUAUCCGGCAGUAAGCGCUGUCUGGGGCCAGUGCCAGGUCCGCAUCAGCUACCUGGGCGGAAGGAGAGCGGAGCCACACUCCCUUCUGCACCUGAGCCGCCUGCGUGUGCGCCACGCCCUGGGGGAUACCCGGCUUGGCCAGGUAUCUGCUCUCCCCUUGCCCCCUGCCAUGAAGCGUUACCUGCUCUACCAGUGACUCCUGUGACACCACAGAUUGCGCUGGGGCCUUAGGGCCACCCCUCCCCUGGGAGGUGGGGAGGAGGCACUGCUGGCCUAGACCAGCUGCUUAAAGCCAGUGAGGCUGGGGGGAGGCGAGGCUGGGCCCCUACCCCAACCCAAGCUCUGGGGAUCCAACAGCCCCAGAGCUGCUCAGAGGGGUGGAUGGGAGGGAGCUAUUAUUCGAGGCUAUGGCAGCCUGGUACGCAAGACGUUUUUUCAAGUAAAAACAGUAAGAGAUGUGCUAUUGUAGAAA